AUGUCGCAUCCAAUCCUCUUCAACAGCUCCCUUGGUCUAGGCCUCUUCCUUGCCGGUCUUGGCUUCAACGCAUCUUUCCGUCCCAAUGCCCACCUCAAGGCCCUCGAGUUCCCUAUCCCCAAAGAUCCAGAGGCCAAAAAGUUCAGCCGCGCCCUCAUGCGUAUCUGGGGCAUCCGAAAUAUCUCAGUUGGUCUCCUGGUCGCGCUCAUAUGGACUACUGGUGACGAGAACCUAAUGGCAAAGGCUUUGGGUGUUACUAUUGCUUUGCCAGUGACGGAUGGGUUUGUGAGCAGAAUCGUCAUCGGAGGUGGUGAGACUCAGCAUUGGGUAUUUCCACCUCUGUUGGCCGUUUUCAGUGCUGGGCUAUUUGGGGCGUUUUGA